GCGUCUUGCCGCCUUGUUUCCAUCCGUUGGUAUUCUCGCGAAAGGUGAAUAGACCCGUAAUGAAGAAAAAGACCAGGCGGUCAGCAAAGAAAGCUACACGCAAGAAAGCGGCGGUGCGUGUGACGUCGCGCAGCAAAGUCACGCGUAAGAAGGUCGCUCGUAAGAAGGUCGCUCGUAAGAAGACUGCCGCGCGCGGGAGUGCCGCACGGCUGUCGGUAGUGAGGAAGGCGACACGCAAGAAAGCAACCCGGAAACGACUGACUCGCAAGGUAACAGCGCGCAAGAAAGCGACACGCAAGAAGGUGACCCGUAAGGCGGCGACCCGGAAGAAGGUGACGCGCAAGAAGGUCGGCCGGAAGAAGACGACCCGGAAGAAGACGACCCGUAGGGUGGCGACCCGGAAGAAGGUGACGCGCAAGAAGGUCGGCCGGAAGAAGACAGCCCGGAAGAAGACGACCCGGAAGAAGACGACCCGUAGGGUGGCGACCCGGAAGAAGGUGACGCGCAAGAAGGUCGGCCGGAAGAAGACAACCCGGAAG